AUCACCAUGGCACCUGGAUCCAUCAUGACAGCCCCCAUCUGUCUAGUGGAAAAUGAGCAACAGCAGCUGAGGGUAAACCGAGAAGCACUGAGCAUUCUGGAGGAGAUCUCAGAGCCCGUGGUGGUGGUGGCCAUCGCAGGGCUGUAUCGCACAGGGAAGUCCUACCUAAUGAACCGCCUGGCAGGACAGAACCAUGGUUUCCCUCUGGGCUCCACUGUGCAGUCCCAAACCAAGGGCAUCUGGAUGUGGUGUGUGCCCCACCCCUCCAAGCCAGACCACACCCUGGUCCUUCUGGACACUGAAGGGCUGGGAGAUGUGGAAAAGGGUGACCCUAAGAAUGACUUGUGGAUCUUCACACUGGCCGUACUACUCAGCAGCAUGUUUGUCUACAACAGCAUUGGUGCCAUUAACCGCCAGGCCCUGGAGCAGCUACAUUAUGUGACUGAACUAGCAAAGUUCAUCAAGAUCAAAUCCAGUCCCAGCUCUGAUGAAAACGACGACUCAGCUGAAUUUGUGAGUUUCUUUCCGGACUUUGUUUGGACUCUGCGUGAUUUAGUGCUGGAGCUGGAAUUACAUGGUCACUCCAUCACUGAAGAUGAGUACCUGGAGAAUGCCUUGAAGUUGACUAAAGGUGAUCAUCCCAGAACCCAAAUGUCCAACCUGCCCAGAGAGUGUAUCAGGAAGUUCUUUCCAAAGCGGAAGUGCUUUGUCUUUGACCGACCUACGAGUGACAGCAAACUCUUGCUUCAUAUGGAAGAAGUGUCAGAAAAUCAACUGGAUCUGAAAUUCCAAGAGCAAUCCCAAAGAUUCUGUUCCUAUAUCUUCACACAUGGAAAAGCCAAGAACUUGAUGGAGGGGAUCACUGUGACCGGAAAUGGGCUGGGAACUCUCAUUGUGACCUACGUGGACACCAUCAGCUGUGGAAGUGUUCCUUGUUUGGAGGAUGCGGUAACAACAUUGGCCCUGCUUAAGAACCCAGAGGCUGUGCAGAAGGCAGCCAAUCACUACAGCCUGCAGAUGGUCCAGAGAGUGUUGUUCCCCACAGACACGCUCCAGGAGCUGUUAGACCUGCACGCAGCCUGUGAGAGGGAGGCCAUCUCAGUCUUUAUGGAGCACUCCUUCAAGGAUGACCAGCGGGAGUUCCAGAAAAUGCUUGUGGAAACCAUACAGAAAAAGAAGGAAGAGUUCUUGCUGCAGAAUGAAGAUGUGUCUUGCAACUAUUGCCAAGCUGAGCUUAGGAAGCUUUCAAAGUCUUUAAUGGAGAGUGUCUCCAGAGGAACAUUCUGUGUGCCUGGAGGACACAGUCUCUACUUAGAAGCAAAGAACAAAGUUAUGCAGGACUAUGAACUGGUGCCCAGGAAAGGAGUUAAGGCGAAGGAGGUCCUGCAAAGCUUCCUGCAGUCACAGGCAGCAACAGAGGAAUCCAUUCUACAGGCUGAUAAAGCCCUCACUGAUGGGGAAAAGGCCAUAGCAGCUGAGCGAGCCAAGAAGGAGGCAGCUGAGCAGGAAAAGGAGCUCCUAAAACAGAAACAGAAGGAGCAGCAACAAAUAAUAGAGGCUCAAGAGAGAAGUUACAAGGAAAACAUAUGCCAACUGAAAGAAAAGAUGGAGCGAGAAAAAGAUGAGCAACUGAGAGAGCAAGAAAUGGUGCUGGAGCAUAGGUUGAAGAUGCAAAAUGAAAUACUUACUGAAGGAUUCAAAAAGAAAUAUGAGCAGAUGAACGAAGAGAUAAACCAUCUAAGAGAAGUUAUUAGACAAACUAGAAGCAAUGCAUCUAGAGCAAUUACUGACAGCCUCCUGCAAGCCACAGGAUACCAUAGUGAAAUCUGCAGUUAUAGAGGGUUUCAAGGGAAUGGUCAGUUGCCUGAUAUUUCCCUAAACCAGUGUCGCUGCAAUGAAAGUCCUGUGGCUGACCCAGUAUUCAGAGCCUUAGAGAAGGUCUCUGAACCUGCACAUCUGGAUGUUCUGAUAAAGAUCACCAUGGCACCUGGAUACAUCAUGACAGCCCCCAUCUGUCUAGUGGAAAAUGAGGAACAGCAGCUGAGGGUAAAGCCUGAAGCACUGAGCAUUCUGGAGAAGAUCUCAGAGCCCGUGGUGGUGGUGGCCAUUGCAGGGCUGUAUCACAAAGGAAGGUCCUACCUAAUGAACAGCCUGGCAGGACAGAACCACGGAUACCUCAUUAACUCAAUCACAAUUGCUCUGAUCUGA